AUGCUCUCAGGAAGCCCAAACUUAAAGCACUUGGAUCUUUUUGGUUGCACAAGUUUAGUUGAGGUUGAUGCUUCUGUUGGAUUCCUUCCUAAACUUGUUAGUUUGGAUCUUGAUUGGUGCUCCAACCUUCAGAUAUUUCCAACAAGAAUUAGCUUGAAAUCGCUGAGAAGAUUUUGUCUUAAAGGUUGCGUAAGACUUCAGACUUUCCCAGAAAUUGAGGACAAGAUGGAAUUCAUCACAGAAUUGGAAUUGCGAGGCAGUGGCAUAAGUGAAUUGCCUCCAUCAAUUUCAUAUCUCACUGGGCUUGAAAAAUUAAAUACAACUCUUUGUAACAAUAUGUCAAUAAGAAGUAUCAGUACUUCCCAAGCCAACUCAAAUAUCUCACAAGACAACUGUAGCUCAUUAUUUCCGAAUCUACGUUCUUUGCUGAUGGUAGGAUGUAAGUUAUCAAAAAGUGAUUUCCUCAUGGAUCUUGAUUGCUCUUCGACAUUAGGAACUCUUGAUCUAUCACGAAACAAUUUUGUUAGUCUGCCUGCGUCCAUUAUCAAAUUUGUUAACUUGGAGAUCCUUUUAUUGUAUCAUUGCGCCAAGCUUCGAGAAAUUCCAGAACUUCCACCAAAAGUAAGACAAGUAAACGCUGCUGACUGCAGAGCAUUGGAAAUAUUUCCGAAACUGUCAAGUAUAUUUGGACAUCGGAGCGAGUCACAAGGGCUUGAGAGGCUGUACUUGAUCAAUUGCGACAAACUCUGUGCAAAUAAUGGUUAUGACUUGGAAAGGAUCGAAGUUCUUUUACUGAAUCAGCACUCUUAUCCUUUUGAAAUUAUAGUUCCAGGCAGUGAAGUUCCAAAGUGGUUCAACUAUCGUUGUGAGGAGGAUCAAGAUUGGCUGUUAUUGCCAGGAAUUUUCAACUCUAUUGUUAUUUGUGAAGUCUCUAUUAAAAUACCUCGAAAUAUAGAAUGGAACAAGUCAGGAUUGGUUGUGUGUGUUGUUUUUGAAGUGUGCGCGAGUAAAAUCAGUCUUCAUGUCAAAAUUCGUAUCAAUGGAGUACACAGAUAUAUGCACAUUCAGUCUUGCCCUAUUCAUUGGCCGGAUUCAUCCCAUGUUUGGUUGAAGUACAUCCCAUUGGCGCUUACAUACAAGCCACAUGUAGAUGGAGAGAGUUUGCUGCAGUAUGAUACGUGCGAAGUUGUAAUUUUCAGUUACAGAGGUGAUUCAUCAGAGUCACCGUUGCUGUCAGUUAAAAGCUACGGGGUCCACCUAGUAUGCCACCAAAUUAGGGACGUCCUGGCAACAAAUGAUAUUGAUGAUGAUGGUGAUACAGAGACAGAGCAGUGGUUUCCCUCUUCAUCGAAACCAAUGAACCCGCAGCAAAAGAGGCCUCCUGGAGCCUCAGCGGUCAUGGGAGUUGAUGACACUAACCACGCCGAUGACAGUGAUAGUGCUGACAUUGAUGUGGAUGACAGCGAUGCCAAUGAUCACGAGGAAGGGCAGUGGUUUUCCUUGUCUUCGGAAGCAAUGACUCCUCGAACACUGGACCUCCUAAGUUUCCUGAAGCCUCCUGUGGCCUCAUCAGUUUUGAAGGAAGUAGAUGAUACCAACGUUAUUAAUCCUCAAGAGGAAUGGCUUUCCUUGUCUUUGGCACCAACGGGUAUUCAACAACGGCCUCAUGGAGUCAUUGUCAUGGCAACAAAUGAUAGUGAUAUCGACGACGAUGGUGAUACAGAGAAAGAGCAGUGGUUUCCCUCUUCAUUGAAACCAAUGAAUCCACAGCAAAAGAGGCCUCCUGGAGCCUCAGCGGUCAUGGGAGUUGAUGAUACUAGCCAAGCCGAUGACAGUGAUAGUGCUGACAUUGAUGUGGAUGACACUAGCCAAGCCGAUGACAGUGAUAGUGCUGACAUUGAUGUGGAUGACACUCGCCAAGCCGAUGACAGUGAUAGUGCUGACAUUGAUGUGGAUGACAGCGAUGGCAGUGAUAGUGCUGACAUUGAUGUGGAUGACAGCGAUGACCGUGAUAGUGCUGACAUUGAUGUGGAUGACAGCGAUGACAGUGAUAGUGCUGACAUUGAUGUGGAUGACAUUGAUCACGAGGAAGAGCAGUGGUUUUCCUUGUCUUCGGAACCAAUGACCACUCGAACACUGGACCUCCUAAGUUUCCUGAAGCUUCCUGCGGCCUCAUCAGUUUUGAAGGAAGAAGAUGAAACCAAUGUUAUUAAUCCUCAAGACGAAUGGCUUGCCUUGUCUUUGGCACCAACGGGUAUUCAACAAGGGCCUCAUGGAGUCAAUGUCAUGGCAUUUGAUGAUAGUAACAUUGGUCAUGGUCAUGAAGAGGAGAAUUGGCUUUCCUUGUCUCUGAGACCAACAAGUUCUCUGAUUAGUCCUCUUCAACCCUCUAUUUUAAUGGCAGACGGUGAUACUAGUAUUAAUUAUGAUCAUGAAGAGGCGCCACUGGGUUUCUUGUCUUUGGAACUAACAAGUCUUCAUGAGAGUGAUGCAGCUGGAAUCUCAGCUGUCAUGGAAGUUGGUGAUACUAGCAGUGGUUAUGAUCAUCAAGAAGCGCAAUGGCUCUCCUUAUCUUUGGGACCAACAAGUCUUCAGAAGAUUCCUCCCAAACCCUCGGUUUCCUUAACAGUUCAUGAUACUAACAUUGAUUAUGAUGAUCAUCGAGAGGCGCAGUGGCUGUCCUCAUCUCUGGAACAAUCGAGUCUCUUAAAGAAUCCCUCGGAAGCGUCUCUUUUUACGGUACUUGAUGAUACUAACAUUCUCAAUGACCAUGAUCCUCAAGAGGAACCAACAUUCUCAGGCUUGUGUGACUGUUGUAGAAUUCAAUGAUUCGUUCAGCAAUCAAGCUUGAACUUGGCUGAUGGUUUAAAUUCUUCCAACAAACGUGAUCCUUCUCAAAAAGGUAUAUAUAUUUUUUUAACUUGGCAUAAAACUGUGAUUUGUACUCAAAUGUUUUUUGGCUGAUGGUGCCAGCAAACACUUUCCUGUUGGAUGAGUGAUGUACUGAUGUGCAUGUAUUAAUGGAGGAACAACAUAUAUUAAAGAGUUACAAUUUAGAUAUUGCUAGAUUGUCCAUUUACUAGUGGUCCCAGGAAAUCUCUUAUGAACUUUGCUCUAAUCUAUUAUGUCCAUUAUACUGUGAUAUAAUUUUCAUAUUGCCAGAGUACUACAGUUAUGUACCAUCCUUAGCCAGAUCUUUUGCUCCGCCUUUUACUUGGGGAAAUGACUUGGGUGACUAGCCAAGCGCUUCGUCCACCAAACCUUAAUGGCAAUGCUCACCUCGGUUUCUUGAUAACUACCGGUGGUCAUCAGUUGAAGAGAUGUUGGGUUAAUUUCAUUGGUUUAUGCUUGGACUUUGUAGGCAUAAACCAAAGAAAACUGUAGUAAUAUGUAUUGAGGACCGGACAAUUGUGCUUUAUG